GUUGCCUCUUUGCUAACAGGGAACCGCUUCUCUACCACUCAAGUAGAUUCCAUCGAACUUGAACCCUCCACCUAUCAACAAGAAAAGAUUUGUCCAUCCAACAUGGCUCCUGGUGACGUCGUGGACAGCGUCGACCUUGGGCUGGACGACCAGGACGACGCCGACAUGGAGCAGAGGCUCAUCAAUGAGGAAUAUAAGACAUGGAAAAAGAACAGUCCGUUCCUCUAUGACAUGAUUCUGAGCACGGCGCUGGAGUGGCCAACUCUCACUACUCAGUGGUUCCCUGAUAUCAAGGAUGUGAAGGAGAAGACAUACACAGUCCACAGGCUGCUCAUCGGGACCCACACCUCGGAGGGAAAGCCAAACUAUCUCCAGAUCGCGGAACUCGAGAUUCCCAAGUUUGUUGAGCCCAACCCCCGUGACUACGACGAGGAGCGCGGCGAGAUUGGCGGGCAUGGGGGCAAGGCGUCGUCUGGAGAGCCGCCGGUCAUCAAAUUCAACAUCACCCAAAAGAUCGACCACCCUGGCGAGGUUAACAAGGCCCGAUAUCAGCCUCAGAACCCCGACAUCAUUGCCACCCUCGCCGUAGAUGGCAAGGUGUUGAUCUUUGACCGCACCAAGCACAGCCUAACCCCGGCCGGCACCCCCAAUCCCCAGAUUGAACUGGUCGGGCAUAAGGAGGAGGGCUUUGGGCUUGCAUGGAACCCACACGAGGAAGGCUGUCUCGCGUCAGGUAGUGAGGAUAAGACAGUACUACUCUGGGACUUGAAGACACUGCAGGGGACAGGCAAGACGCUCCGGCCGGCACGCAGAUACACGCACCACAACCACAUCGUCAACGACGUACAGUACCACCCCAUGGUCAAGCACUGGAUUGGCACCGUGUCGGACGACUUGACACUCCAGAUCAUCGACGUGCGGAGCCCUGAAACUACGAGAGCCGCUGUGGUCGCACGCGACGGCCACAGUGAUGCCAUCAACGCGCUGUCGUUCAACCCACGGCAGGAGAUUCUCAUCGCCACGGCAUCGGCGGACAAGACGAUUGGUAUCUGGGACAUGCGCAACCUCAAGCAAAAGAUCCACACGCUCGAGGGUCAUAACGACGCCGUCACGUCGCUCGCGUGGCACCCCACCGACUGGGGCAUCUUGGGCAGUGGCGGCUACGACAGGCGUGUCCUCUUCUGGGAUCUCAGCCGUGUGGGCGACGAACAGACGCCCGAGGACCAGGAGGACGGGCCGCCGGAGCUGCUCUUCAUGCACGGCGGGCACACCAACCACCUGGCAGAUUUCAGCUGGAACCUCAACGACCCCUGGCUGGUGUGCAGCGCGGCCGAGGACAAUCUCCUUCAGAUCUGGAAGGUGGCCGACUCCAUUGUCAACCCGGCUGAACUCGACAUGCCGAUGAACGAGAUGGGCGCGUCCAAUUAGGAAGGGGAUCGUAAGAAACGCCGGUCGCGGCGUGCAGCUAAAAACAGUGCGCGUUCGUCGCUACCAGUCAGUUCACGGGCAUCGUC